AUGGCCAAGUUCGUUCCCGCCCGCGACUUCACCAUCGGCUGGAUCUGCGCUCUGCCCAUCGAGCUGGCAGCCGCAUCCGAGAUGAUGGACGAGGAGUUCGCCGACCUUCCAUCGCAACCGACCGAUUCCAAUCUCUACUCUUUCGGCCGGAUCGGCGUCCACAACGUCGUGGCCGCCUGUCUGCCCGCCGGUCAGACGGGUACGAACCAAGCAGCUACGGUCGCUAGCCAGAUGAGAAACAGCUUUCCCUCGCUGCGUUUUGGCGUUCUGGUCGGCAUUGGCGGUGGCGUUCCGAACCCCGACGACGACGACUUCGACAUCCGGCUCGGCGACGUGGUAAUCAGCCAGCCGGCAGGGCAGCACGGCGGGGUGAUCCAGUAUGAUUUUGGGAAGACUGGAGCCGAGGGUCGCAUCGUUCGCACCGGCAGCCUCAAUGCACCACACACGGUCCUCCUCAACGCCUUAGCUAAGCUCCGUGCCAAUGACCUUCGGCGCAAGACACAAGUCCUCGAGCAUCUGUCUCAGCUCUCUAGUCAGCCAGAGUUUGCGUCGCCGGGCCCUGAGAAAGACACCCUCUACGAUGCAUCAUCGCCGCACAUCGGCAGAACUACAUGCGCACAAUGCCAUCCAAAAGACGCAGUGGACAGGGAAGCACGAGCAACGACAAAACCAUUCCUCUUUCUUGGCAACAUUGCAUCUGGGAACCAGGUGAUGAAGGACGGACUGACCCGUGACAGGUACAGUCGAGAGUUAGGAGGGGUCUUGUGCUUUGAGAUGGAGGCGGCUGGUCUGAUGAACAACUUUCCUUGUAUUGUCAUCCGUGGCAUCUGCGACUACGCAGACGCGCACAAGAACAAGCGGUGGCAGCCCUACGCAGCGGCGACGGCAGCAGCAUACGCUAAAGAACUACUAAACACCAUCCCACCUCUGACGUCCAGUAAUCUAAAUAGGCCAGAGGAUUCUUGUCAGAAACCCCACUUCAUCGUUCCAUUCGGACGAAAUGAAAACUUCGUUGGCAGAGAUGCAAUCUUGACGCGGCUCCUGGAGCGGAUACCUCCGAGUACUAAUAAAGACGACUGUCAGAGGACUGCGAUUGUGGGCCUUGGGGGGAUUGGCAAGACACAGGUCGCGAUCGAAGUCGCCUAUCGCGUUCGCGAUGCACACCCAGACUGCUCCGUUUUCUGGGUUCCGGCUGUAAACACAGUCAUGUUUGAAAAUGCAUAUCGUGAAAUCGGCCGGGCGCUCAACAUCCAAGAUAUCGAGGAUGACCAGGCAGAUGUCAAAAGCUUGGUGAAGGCUACAUUAGAACGUGAUAAUUCUAACAGCUGGCUUUUGAUCGUCGAUAACGCCGACGACACGGAACUGCUAUUUACAAGCUCCAAACUAACGAGCUGUCUACCCUCUAGUCGUAAGGGCUCUAUCCUGCUUACAACGCGAAACCAUCAGGCCGCAGCAAGAUUCAGUCGAAGUCUCUCUAUGCGCCUAGUAGAGAUGGAUACCAUGGAAGCCACUAAUCUCCUAUGCAAAGGCUUAGAUGAGAGCCAGUUUAGCGACAGUCAAGGUACGACACAAUUACUCGAAUACCUCGCCUACUUGCCCUUAGCCAUACGACAGGCAUCGGCUUACAUGUCUUCUAACCAAAACGUGACUGUAUCCAAAUACCUUGGAUAUUGCAUGGCUAGUAACGAUAAGCUGGUGAAGCUGUUGAGCAAGGACUUCGAUGACCAAGAUCGAUACGAGGAUAUUCGGAACCCAGUGGCCACAACUUGGCUGAUCUCCUUUGAUCACAUCUCAAGAGAUAACAGACUUGCAGCAAAGUACCUCAGUUACAUGUGUUAUCUUGCAGAGAAAGAUAUCCCAAGAGCUCUUCUGCCCCCUGAGGAGGUUGAAAUGGAAACAGACGACGAAAUAAAUGCCGAUGAAGCGAUAGGCACGCUGAUAGCCUACGCCUUCAUUCUCCAGCGGGAUGCUGCAGAUAGGUUUGAUAUCCAUCGACUGGUGCGCUUAGUGAUGCAAAACUGGCUAAGGGAGCAAGGGAGGGAAGAACAGCAAGUGACAGAGACAAUUUACUGGCUUUGCGAGAGGUUUCCUUGGCCAAAGCACGACAAUAGGGAAGUUUGGGUGGCCUACUUGCCGCAUGCACAAGCGGCGCUUCAAGUGCAGAAUUGGUCUACAGAUGCUGAGUUGCUAUGUGACCUGCUAUCUAGUAUAGGGCGAAGUAAGGAUCUGCUUGGAAAAUACAACGAGGCAGAGCAGAUGCAUCGACAGGCACUGGAGCUAAGGGAGAAGGUGCUGGGACCAAACCAUCCCUCGACACUCAUCAGCAUGAACAACCUAGCAGAAGUGCUUCAAAGUCAGGGGAAGUACGGCGAGGCAGAGCAGAUGCAUCGACAGGCACUGGAACUUUAUGAGAAGGUGCUGGGACCAGAGAAUCCCUCGACACUCAUCAGCAUGAACAACCUAGCACUCGUGCUUCGAAGUCAGGGGAAGUACGACGAGGCGGAACAGAUGCAUCGACAGGCACUGGAGCUUAGGGAGAAGGUGCUGGGACCAGAGGAUCCCUCGACACUCAUCAGCAUGAACAACCUAGCACUCGUGCUUCGAAGUCAGGGGAAGUACGACGAGGCGGAACAGAUGCAUCGACAGGCACUGGAGCUUAGGGAGAAGGUGCUGGGACCAGAGGAUCCCUCGACACUCAUCAGCAUGAACAACCUAGCACUCGUGCUUCGAAGUCAGGGGAAGUACGACGAGGCAGAGCAGAUGCACCGGCAAGCACUGGAGCUUUGCGAGAAGGUGCUGGGACCAAACCAUCCCUCGACACUCAUUAGCAUGAACAACCUAGCAGAAGUGCUUCGAAGUCAGGGGAAGUACGGCGAGGCAGAGCAGAUGCAUCGACAGGCACUGGAGCUUUGCGAGAAGGUGCUGGGACCAGAGAAUCCCGUCACACUCACCAGCAUGAACAGCCUAGCAGAAGUGCUUCGAAGCCAGGGGAAGUACGGCGAGGCAGAGCAGAUGUAUCGCGAGACACUGGAGCUGAAGGCGAAGGUGAUAGGAAUAUUUAAGGCUACCUAG